AUUCGUACUCGACUGUCGGGUGAACAGCAUCGUAAGCAUCGUAGUCCAGGUCAAUCCGGUUCGGUCGUGGUGUUUUCCAUUUGUGUGGCGUCGCGUUUUUAUCAUAGCUUUUUGUUUUUGAUAUUGUGGUCAUCAUAGCGUUGUCCCUAUCGGUUCUUGGAAGUGCAUGAAACGCUCAGAAAGUGCAUACAUUCACUACGGCGGAGCGUACAAUGAAGUGGAGGUGCGGUUCUGCUGCUGCAAAAGUACCUACUGAUGCGUGUGUGACACAUUAGAGUGGUCUCCUUCGGUGGUGAAUGCAUUUCGCAGCUCGUCGUUUCCGCAGUCGAAUGUGAGAUUGUUCCACGGGACGGGUCCACUUCGGGGAGGCCGCGUCGGGUAAAUGAGAGAAGAAAAAAAAUGAUAAGACUUUCCAACUGUUGUCGCGGGUGAUAUUGCAGCGUUAUGUUUGUGCAUUCGUAAUUUUAUAAUAAUUGAUGUUUGCUGAAUUGAUGAUGUCGUUCUGAUUGGGGUCACACCGCAGUCUUUGUUGAAUGCCGAUGAUCGGAGAUAAUGGAGUGAGUGAGCUAUUGCGCCGUGAAUCGGUAUCUUCAAUAAGGUGAAGCGCAGGAAGCGACAGUAAAAGAGUUUCUAAUUUUCUUUUCGCGUGAUUGCUUUGGUUAUUGUGUUACCAAUAAAUAUUCGAUCUUGAUGAGUGGGUUUUUCAUCUCUUCACUACGAUAACGGCUAGUGGCAAUGUAAUAACAUAAAUUGAUUGUUGGGAGGAGAAAUUUAUUUUUUUAAUGUGAUCAUCAAAUUCUCGUCAAUGUGUAUUUUAUUCCACGAAAUGUUUUGACGGUGCAAAGAAGAAGAAAGCAAGUGCUCUGUUAAAACUAGUUCAGUGCAAGUUAUUCAUCGAGCAGCAAAAAACGAAUGUUUCAUUGCAAAUAUCUGUUUUCACAGAGCUAGUGAAGCGAAGUACAGUGCUCUAGUGUGUCGAAGUAAAAGAAACAGAUCUGAAGGAAUUAAAACCGGAUCAAAACACGAUUUAUGCGAGUUUUAUUUUGAUCGCUCGUUUAUAUAUUUUAGUUUCGACUUCUCUAAAUUUUCUGCAACGAAAAUGAUCGUAUGAUGAAACAUUAGCCUUCGCCUAAUUUGGAUUACUGGGCAAUUUCAUCCUUGAGUUCGCGAAGGACUUAUGGGUGGUCUCACACCUGCAUUCUUUUGUGAGAAAAGGGUCAACAAGGAUUGUUUUGUGUUCCACUGACACGGUGCCACGCGCGAGAGAUAUCCUGUCAGUGAGCAUCUCGCUGGUGCGCGUGCAUGUAGUUGUGAUACGGGCGCAGCAUCCAAAGUUCAAGGAAUAUACCAAUAGCAACAGCAUAAUGUGAUAAAUUCUCCGAGGAUAAACAUCAUUGCUCAAUCGUGAAGUUUCCCAACACUAUGUCACCAUUAGUUUAAAAUCCAGCGUUUCCGGUACCGCAUUCCGGCCAGUAAUCAGCAGGUGAACGGUAUCUAUCAGCGCAACACUCGAAUCCGUCGGUCGACGCCCACAACGUCCAAAACCACGGCAAAGUCGCCGCCGCUGCUCACGAUGUUUUGCAUCACUAUGAAAAGUGAAUUACUUUUCAUCGGUUAGCCACUAACCUACAUUUCAAUAAAGACGGUGUUUCUUCUGUCUAUCUGUGGUGUUUCGGUGAAACUAAAGACACGUCGAUUAUUAAAUUCGAUCGUUUCGGAUUUUGCGGUUUCCUCUGUGGGGUUGCGGCUAUACGAUACCAAUAAAUGAACGGCGGAAAAAGCCACUGCGCUAUUGUUUGUGCAAAAGUUGGCAUUCAUUUGGUUUGCGUGCUUUCGGUUCGAUGAUUCAUCCACUGGCCGAAAGAAGUGGAAAGUUUUAAGUUUAGUUCCGUGAUAUUUGGCACAAGGUCGAGUCUUAGCCUGUGGAAAGAGUGAUGUUGUGUUACAGUUUCUGCGGCUAAGGUGUAGCGCGAAAUGUGAGAUUCAUUAGUGUCGCGGAGAGCUCUAGGUCCGGAGAUAGAUGAAGAGAAGAAUGCCUUGCUCGAGAUGAUUUCAAGAAAAACGAGUAAAGCACGUUUCUGUACAAAUUAGUGAACGGAAAGUGCUACAGACGAGCGGCGUGCAUUGGGAAAGAAGAAUUUAAUUGCUACACGAAGGCGCGCCGUUUAUUACUACAAGGUAAAAGAAAUUGGUAAAAACCGAGAAACUACGAACAAGCAAACGUGUUUCACUUCGAAAGAUUAGAGGAUUAUAGCAGUAAUAAGAAGCCGCACCGCGCUGUAGACAAGAUGUCAGCCGGAUUGAUGUCAUGCGUUCGCGAGAACUCUCCGCCCCUGGAGGGGCCUCCUGCCACAGUCGGAGCCAAUGGAAGCAACGGUGGCCAGCUCGUUGGCAUCCACAACAUCACCAACAGCACCAACAGUAGUCAGUAUCACGACCCGAACGACAUACCGAUAACCAUCACCACGCCGGAGCAUCUUCAUCAAGGAGCUGGCGACACUAGCACCACACGCCGCAAACGAUUUCAUCCUCUUCGGAACCUACGGCGAAUCUUUCGACGCAGAACGGUGUCCUCGGCUGAUGCCACACCUCGGCAGCUGCUGGGCAAAAGCCAAACCCACAUUCACUUCGCCACAUCCGGCUGCUCCACCACGGAUGCAACGCUGCCCCGCACCGGGUUAGGGGUGCCGAUCACAAUUCGGUCCGAUUCGGGAGGGGGUGGCGUCGGCGUGGUAGGAGCUGGCUUUUACAAGCGAGAAACCUACCGACUGCGGGACGCCGAUGAUCUAGACAAGGACAUGUCCGACUAUCAACGGAGUCUCAGCGAGGGUCGACUGGUGGAUAGUGACAUUAGCCGCGAUGGAUUGUCCCAGUCUCACGAUAGCGUGUUUUCUGAGUCCGCCGGUACCGCCAGCAGCCUGUCGAUCACGCUUAAGAAUGAACUCGCUGAUGUACUGCGCAAACGACGGAAGGAUCGCCAGCACGAAGCUUCUGAUGAGGACCUAGGACUCCCUCAGAGUCCAAUUACUCCCCAGCGGAAGGAUCGGGCCAUCAAUAAGAGCGAAGGGUCGCUCAGUAUUCUAAGCAUGACCAGCUCGGAUCUGGACCUGGAGGAACGAUCUGGUUCGAAUGCCAGUGGAUACAAUCUGUUCCAUAUGGAUUCAUCAAGCUCCAGUGCGUGCAACCGAUCCUCGGAUAAUCCGGAUGAUCAUGGUUCGGAUUCUCCGGCAUCGAAGCUUAGUCACUCAGCUGCCAGACACAAGCUUGCUGUAAGACCAAAGAAGAAAGGACCCACACGAGCUCGUGCUCGUCCACGUGAGACAACGGUGCUUCCCGCAACACCAGAAGUAAACGAAGAUUCAUUGAAGCUGUCCACACUUGAUAUCCCGACGAAUCUAUGCGCGGACAUAAACGAAGCAGAAGAGAAGUGUCACUCCUUGACCUACGGUAUCAACCCGGGUGCUUUGGUAACUACCCAGUCGGUUUUGAGUUGCAGCAGUAGCACAACAGUAAUCAACAAACCGUCGACACGGGAAUCGAGCUGUAUCAAUUCAAAACAUUCGGCAUCGGCUUCCUUAUCGACCAACAAUUCCCACUCCAGCUCUGCAAUCUACGUCAACAGGAACAUUUCUAAGAGUUACGAUUUCAACGGACUCGACCGAGAAAAUCUAAUUACCGAAGAACUGGAUCUGAUGGGUGGUAAACGAGACGACGAUGGGUUCUUUAAAAGGAUUUUGAAUUAUAGCUUUAAGAAAAAGAAACAUGAGCAAGGAUACAAGGACGAUCAGUUGCAUCAGUCAUUGAUCGCUCCUGUAGUAUGUGCUAGAAGGGAGGAUAAUACAAGUACGAUUUAUAUAACAUCCAAUGGUCCGGAACCUGUCAUGAAACUGUCCCUUCCGAUUUGUGAGGCAGAUACACCGGAAAUAAGUGGAUACAAGAAGAUAAAGGCUGGCCCGGCUGCCAGACAGAGAGUUUUCCCGAAAGAUAUUUUCAAUUCGGAAGUAGACGGAACUCGUGAAAGUCAAAGAUAUUCGUCAAAUGUGGAGGUCAACCGUCACUCGACUUCUUCCAAUGGUAGUGGAUCGAUUAUAAUCGGCGAUUCAAAAAUUAUUCAACACAAGAGUGAGGAAUAUUUGGUGUCCAAAACUAGAAAGUUGUCAGAGCGAAGCUUCGACGAUGACGAUGAUGAGGAAGAAGGGUUCAGAAAAUACCAACCGAAUGUUGAUAAAGUGAAAAAUCCUAAAAUUUACGGAGUUAGUCCGUAUCAGCAACGUAUUGCGAAGAUUUCAAUCCAUCAAAAUGAAUCACCCAAGCAAAGCCCAACCAAACGGAAAGCUGUAGAAAAGUCCAAGAGCUUCCGCGUGUACAGCGAUACUGUUUCCAACAAUUUAACCAACGCCAACCAAUUGCCUAGUCUUCCCAAUCUAACGAAUUCCCUGUCGGUCGGCAACUUUAGCAACAACUUCCUAGAGACGGAGCACAAAUUCUUCAGUAUGACCGAGAACAUCAACAACGGACAUCCGAAGAUCUUCAAAGAUUACAUCACUAACGUUGAUGACAUGACGGACGAGAAUCGGAUGACAACGUCGAACAGCUCUCUACAGAAGUUUGAAAUUAACGACAACAAUUUGUUGAAUCCACGAGAGCACGAACAUUUUGACCACCAACCAAAAUCUAUUGUACUAACCACGAAUAGCAUCGCCCCGCCGGAACCUAGCAGCAUGCUGAACAAGUCCAAUCAAAACAUAUCCCAGAUUGAGGAGACCAUCGACAAACUGGUCUCGUCUCCAUUCGUCAGUAUUAUCAAGGAUGCCGGAAGCAACGACCGUCUGGAUCAACCGGAACCGGUGUCUAACGUCGUACCAGAAUUCAUGAAAAUUCAGUUGAACCGGGUGGAAACACCACGGUCCAAACCUAACGUGGUCCUAUUGACGUCAACUCCGGUGAGCAGUACUCACCCAACACCGUCUCCGAGCCCAGCAAUUCCACUGAGUAGCUGCCCUGGGGAUGAAUCACAAAUCAAACUGCGGCGGUUCAGUAAUGAAAACAUUGAAAUUACUGAAAGUAAACCACCCUUGCCACCUUCGGCGGUGAUUACAGGAUCCAGAGGUAGCUCUGUUGAGGCGCCCAAGAGUCCACCGGCAUUCAAACGAGGUGAGCUUGGGUCAAAGCGUAGCUCGAUCAACUUAUCCCAAGAGAUUUCGGAUGAUAGGAAAGUGAUUCUGCAGCGCCGGACUUCUGUGACGGAGGAAAAAAUCAAGUAUGAACGACGGAUUUCUUCAUCUUCCGAGGACAUAAAAAUCGAGCGGAAGAAGUCCGGUUCGGAGGAAUUGCUGGAGAAGAGGAAUAGCAACUAUAACAGUGGAUCCAGCAGCGGUGAUGAGCUGGUGGUGCUGCGAAAAAAGUCAAUCGUGGAUAAUUUUAAGGACAAAGACAAGGACACGCCGGAAUUGAUGAAGGUGUUCGCUAGGAGGUCGCUGAAGCUUCGUUCGGACGAGGACUAUAGGAACGGGGAUGCUAAACCAUUGUCAAACGUAGAUAGUGAUAAGGAGAAUCAGUCCAGUGAUGAAAAGUUGGAUAAAAUCAUGAAACCGGAGGGGGCUUCCGUGGUUACCAAGAACAUCGGUAGUGCAUUGACCAAGGAACCAACUGAUGGAAAAAUCACGCCGGAUAGUAACUCUAAUGAAAUGUUGCGUAAAAGUAUUCCGAAACCAUUUGGUGUUCCGAACAGGUUCGGCAAUGCUGGUAACGUUCAGAGUCGAAAUUCAACGUCUUUUGCGGAACUGCGUAAGUCAUUGAUACCAAGUAGUACGAUUGCACCUGUGGCUCAAAAUAUUAACAACAACAUCAACAACAACCACAUGAAAAAUGGAACAGAAAGUAUCGAUACUUCUGUAUCGAACACUACCAGCAAUAAUAAUAAUAACAAUAACAAUAAUAGCAAUCGCCAUACUAUUGCCACAAUGAAUCAGUUCAAUCUGAACGCUAGCAAUAACAACAACAGCAACAGUGCCAACGGGAAUGCUACAACCCUGGAAACAAUCGGAGAUGCUAACGAGUUCAAGGGUAUCCUGCAGCGACGGGCAGAGUGGGAAAAGCGGGCUAAAGAAGGCUUCAAGUGAAGCUAUGCAUUUGGGGAACGAACAACUGUUUUGAAGCACUACAGAAAAAAGUGUCCAUCUUGCUCAAACUGAGUCAACUAUCUCGCGAAUAGCAUCGUUAUGAACCACUGUAGAUCAGUAGGAAAUUUUUGAAUGGAAAAAGUCCAACAUACGAUACAUUUUUGCUCAUCAUCGGUGUUGUUUAUUUUAGAAAUCCUAUCGUAGGGAACAUCCCGUGCUCACAUGUAAAGGGAUGUCAGUAUUAGCUAUUUACCAGCAGAUAGGCUGGACUUCCCGAGAAAGUAGUGUGUUCUCAACUAGAUCUCCCCACCGAACUGAAACGAUUGAGAAUGAUCCCCAAUAUAUGAGCAAAACAUAAUUCUUACCAUGAAGUAAUCUGAAACGGCGCGUUAAUUCCAAGCAUAAUUGCUAUUUUCCGAGUAACUACCAUAGAAUCCUUGUUGUUUGUAGAUAGCUGAAGGAAUUGUUAAUUGAAGUGGAUUUGCAAAUGUUGAAUCCUGUUUCUUUUCUCAGACUAUUUUGUGCAAUCAAGUAUUGGCAAUAUUACAAUUGAAUUUGAUUGCUUCUUCCUACAGCUUACUGACUUAUUACGAACGAUAAUCAAAAAAAUGUAAUCAAUAUUCAUUUCAUAACUAAAACAAAUGUGAUAAACUAUAAAUUUUAUAUAUAUUCGAACGCGAUAUUUUUAGAUGUUUAUUGAUAAUCGGUACUUUACCAAGUGUAUAUUUUCAAACUCUUAGAAUCAGCUGCCCAGGAUUUACUGUAGCGAUGCGAAUGAUUUUUUUAUAUAUCUAUCUCGAGAAAAUUAUUGAUUUGUUUUGAUAUAUUGAAUGAAGUGACGUUAAUUGUAAGUUAGUUUUAUAUUGAUUCGAAGAAUAAGUUGUUGACUUCUUCAAUAUAUUGUACAUAUAGAACGGCUAGAUUUGUCUACUACCAGGUUGUAGUAUUCAAAAUAAACGAUUUUUUGAAAGACAAGUCUUUAUUUCUACAUUCACGAAAUAUUUAGCAUAUUAGAAACCUAUACACAAAUAUUUAACAGUUGUUGGAUCCCAUAUAUUUCACUGGCUUUCAAUUUUAUUCAACAGCAAAGCGGAAUCAAAAAUAUCUGUAUGGCGAACAUCAGAAACUGUCACAAUAAACAAUAUUUACUGAGUGUUGUAGCAUUUUUUUCACAAAAUCUUUACACGCGCAUUCGCUAGACGAAAACUAGACACAAUAUACACCAUUCAACUCCAUAUCUUCGAGAUACACAUUUACCCUAGUGAGAUGUUGACAAUUGAACAGGAAUUUAACAGAUGAUUGAUCACUACUACUUAGAGCAAGGACGCAGGUAUAGAAAUAACGUGAAAGAAUCAGUGUAAAUGUAGCUCUAUUGAUGAGAAUAAAGUAUCUAAAAACAAUUAAAA